AUGGACGACCUAAUUAUUCGAUCAUUCUUGAUGUUCAUAUUAUUGUGUUUUUUUUUAGUUUUAACAAGACAUAUUUCAACUUCCAGGAGCAACAACAGAAAUGGUCUCAAAGGUACAUGUAUCGCCAGAGCUCUGUUUAGGGAACUUCAUUUUUCCUGGGGGGGGGGGGGGGGGGGGGGGGGUGGGAGGUAAAGAUUUUUCGCACAGAGAAAAGUGUGGAAAUUUGAAGACUAUACUCUUGGCUUUCUUGCCAUCCUACUUUUUUCUUUUCCCCCCAUUAAAUCCUACAUUUUAAGACGGCUUUAAUGGGGAUCAUUAUGUCAUUGUCUUAACCCUCUGUUAAAGAUGUGACGAAAAUUUCUCAGUGACGGUUUAGCACAAUCUGUGACCUAUUUGAACAAUCUAUAAUGACCACAUAUAUCCUUCCACUAGAGUAAGCUUGGCUGCAGGGGAGGUGGCCAAUUUUGUAAACAUCAUCAUAAAUCGUUAAACUGUGAAAUAAGUUAUUUUCUUUACCUCUUGUCAUUCUUGAGAUAUUGAAAUAAAUCUAUGACGUCACAAGCUGGUCAACUAUUUUCAAAGAUGGCCGUGACACCAAAGUCAUAAAGCCCACUGUUUAAAAUAGAUCAAAUCAUUCAGAAUUCAGAUCUAAUAAUAAUAAUAAAAUCUUUAUUUAUACUGAUAAAAAGACCGUUCAGUCAAUUACAUAGAUUGGCUGGUAUCAAUCGGUCAUCAGUGAAUAACAAGUAUAUAUACAAUAACAUAACAUAAGUGCGUAACAGUGCAUAAAUAAGGCUAUAUGAUGUAAAAUGUCUACAUAUAAUUAUAAACUACAAUUGUGCGUAACAGCAUCCAUGUUUAUCAAGUAUUUAAACACUUCAUUCUUGAACCGCACAAGUGUUUUUAUUUCUCUUAACUCUUUCGGUAGAGAAUUCCAUGCAAUCUCUGGCAGCCGAGAAUCUGAACGAGGUCUCGCCACAUCUAGUUCUUACUGGCGGUAAAUCUAGUAAUGUUGGAUCUCAAAGAGAUCGACAGUGCAUUUGAUUUGUGAUCUUUUUCGAUGAUUCAGUUGACUAAUCUAAUAUACAAAAAAGUGAAGUUUUAAGGGUCCUGUGAACUGUCAAAAAGUUGACCCAGCGUGUGACAUCAUCUGAUUCACAUACCAAACGAACUAAAAUAUCUUGUAAAAUGCCUUAUUCUACAUUUUAAGGAAACGUCCUUAAAUUUUGUUGCUAAUAACUUCAAGGUUUCAGAACACCUUUUAGUGUUAAUUUUGCCUAAAAUUUUUUUAUUGGUUUCCAUGAAAGCAUUAGACUAGUUCUACUAUCUGACCAAGUUUGAACGAAAAAUGUUGAAAACUCGCAGAGUCAUUUAAUAAAAUACAUUUCGCUGCAAUAAGAAAAACAUUGAAAAUGUAAUAUUCAAAUUCAAUUUUCUCCCGAAACAUUUUACGAUAAUUACUGAUUUUCAAACGAGUUGUGCUCCUGCGGGUUUUAACCAAUUUUUCUCAAAUUUUUACAGGACAUAGCUAAAGACGUCAGUUUCAAAAUUUAAUUUUGGAUAUUUUAAAAAUAAAGAGCAAUUGACUCAAACAAUUCAGAAAUAUAUUGCAGUCGUCAAAGAAAUCGCCAUAUCAGCGGAAUGACGAAAUAAACAAAAAUUUCCGAACACAGUUUUUUAGAACAACUAUUUUACUGUAUAAAAAUGAUAUUUUCAUAAAUAUAACUUAAAACCAGCAGGAGCACAACUCAAAAGCGUAACGGUAUCGCGAUUUAAGAUUUUCCUGAAUAAUUCUUACAUUAUUUUAUUGUUUGUUAAUUUUACAACAUUACCAUAUUUUGCAUGCACUGGAGAACAUUUGGUGAAAAUUUGAUGAAAAUCGGACUGAUAUUGAGCGCGCAGUAGCGAUAUUUCGCAAAACGUCAAAAAGGGUGUUAUUUUUGAGUUACUUGCAUCUCCAAAAAUUCCUAUUUUUGUCCUACUUUUUUUAUAUUUUUUCCUACUUUAUUCCUACUUUUCCUAAAAUUCUAGUCUUACUUUUUGCAUAAGAAUGCCAUGCAGGUUCUUCUGUGGCCCCUUAAGGCCAUGUUACACGGUGCAAUUUUUCUUGCAACUUGCAAUGCAAUUCUACUCUUGAGAGAUGUUAAUUAGUGAAAUCAGUGAAGAAUUUUCGAUAUGUUGAGAAAACAACAGCGGAGUGUAAUGAAGACUCGUAUUUGGCAAUUUUACAUCUCUCAAGAGUAGAAUUGCUUUGCAAGUUGCAAGAAAAAUUGCACCGUCAGGCUUUUUUUCAGGGAUUUUUUAGGGCCAUUAAACGGCCCCCAAAACUCAAUCUUGAAUCGAGUUUUGAAACUCAAUCUUCUCACCAAAGUUUCAGUGCAGUAAAAAUGAAGUUGUUUGAGUUAAAUUCGUGACGUGUGGAAAUUAGUUUUCAGUUGGAAACUCGACAAUUAAUAAAAAAUGGCUGGAAUUCAUCUCACAACACAAGAGAAAAACUAUGCAUUCGCCAUCUUUGACCAGUUUAUAGUGUCCCUCAGUGCCCCUGCUUUACCACAUUCCGUCUCAACUACAUUAAUUGAGUACAAGUGUCAGCCCCCCCCCCCCGCUAGGGGGGUGCAACCACCCCAGCUGUUCAGCUAAACCCAAUCUUCUCUGCAAAAACGGACCCAAGAGAAAAUCCUGAAAAGACCCCUGACCGUGUAACAUGGCCUUUAUUAACUGCAUGUAUGAAUUUUGUAGGAUCAAAGACUAAAGCCGAAAAGAAUAUUGUCUUGGUUGAAGGCGUACGAACACCCUUCUUGGUCUCUGGCUCUGAGUAAGUGUUUCUGUAUUGCAUAGUUGUUUUCUUUCAAACAAAGUUAGAUCUAGGAAUCUUCAUUGUAAUUUCUGAAUGAGACGUGUUAUUUUCCGCUGGCAGAGGUACUAAAGAAGCGGAAAAUGUUUUCUCUCUGGGGGCCCAAUAGAGAUCGGGUGGUGCAGGUUAAAUGAGCACAUUUUUGUUGUUGCUUAGCUUGACAUAAGUUCCACCCGCUCACCCUUUGUUACUAAGAAAAGUUAGAACAGACAAUUAAGUUAAAUUAUGUAAUGUAUGUUAUAGUAAAACUAGCAUUGUGUGAAAAAUAAAUGUCAAGCUUGCGACAGAUCCUUGCGGCGAGAAGUGAGAAAUACAGGGUGUAUCAAAAAAGCGCAAUCCUCGACUGAAAUGUAAAUUGCUAAACAAAUAAUGGACGAAAACGUUAAAGUUUACAUUCAUUUUAAAGCGUAGCCAUUCAGCUUUCUAACAGUGGGUUGUUUCUUAAAUUUGACUCAUUGGUUCGCGGGUAAUAAUAUUUUACGUUAUUGCGAUUGGAGAUUAAAAAAAUUGAGAUGGAAUAACAAAUCGCUCUCAUGAAAAUAACUGAUUUUUUCAUUAAAACAAACAAAUGUUGCAUUUUACUAAAUGGAUUGUAACAAUAAGUAUAAUUACGGCUUUUCUUCCACUAUUUUUAACUCAGUUUGAAACUUCAAAUGCGAUAUAAUUUUGGCUUGGACCAUCUAAGCUGACUGACAUCAACUUGCUAUAAUUUCUGUUUACAUUACAUCGCAAUUCGAUGACACUCUGGCUCAGACACCAGAAUGUUUUGACGAUUUUUAGCAUUCGUUUAGGAUUUUCAAACAACCUGGUCUCUUUUAAAAUCCCUUUAAUUUGUUCUUACGUGGUUUUUCCAGAUGUAGUGACGACAACAUUAAAGUUUAAAGAAGAAAAUUCUAACAUUUAAACCGACUAAACAAUAACAUAGUAAACUUGCAUAAUUAAACAGCAACUAAAAAUUAUAGGUUUUACUAAAUCUUUUCCUGUGACUAUUAUCCUUGUCUCCAAUGCUAGUAAUAAUUGCACAGUGUGCAAUUAUUACUAGCAUUGGAGACAAGGAUAAUAGUUUGUUUGAAAGAGAAAAGAACAGGCUUUGAAGUAAGCCUAAAAGCGUUUAACUAGAAAUAGUAUUUCGAAAGUUAUUAAGCACAAAAGAUGAAUUGCGUUUAUUUUGAUACACCCUGUAUAUAUCUGCGACAAACUAAUAUUUACAAAUUACCAUUGCGCCUUGACAUGGAAUAUAUGUGGUGAUCAAUAUGAACCUAAUGUGUUUUUCUUCUUUUUAGUUACAAAGAUAUAUUGGCUCAUGAUUUAGCGCGAGGUGCACUACAGUAAGUAAAACUAUAACUUAACAUCGAUCAUCAUUGAAUACCACGUAAUUCAUGUAACGCUAAACAAACAUCAUCCAAAGUACUGAUUAAUACUAUGAUCAUAAGUCCAUACUAAAGGCUGAGUUCCACUGUUGCGUUUUUCGUACGCACGUACAUGCACGUAAAAUUUGGAAUCUUUUAUUUUUUAAAUAUUUUACAAAUAAGUUAACAAAUGCACACUAAAACUUGUGGAACACCAAAUUCUGUUGCUUUAUUUAUUUGGUUAUUUCAUAAGUAACAUUUAAACGGAUUUAAAGUUUUACGUGCGUAUACGUACAUACGAAAAACGAGCAAACAGGCUCGGUUUGUCUGUCAAGAUGAUUUACACGCGCAAAAAUUCGUCUGAGCAGACAAAGCACUGUAUACACAGGUAGUUCCUCAUGGCAAAUGUUGCGUCUGUUUUCCCACGCUUUCCUACGCAGUCGAAUUAUCAGACGCAUUAUCAUUAAGUUCGUCUAUGCGCCAGACGGAUCGUCCCGACUCCAUCUUUAUGCAUCAAAUCGGACCAUGUAUGCACUUAUUGUUCCUACGUUGUAUUUUUAUAGGGGCCUUUUGAAACGAACUGGAUGUCCAAAAGGUUAGAUUCAUGUGUACAUAAUGUGCAUUCUAUACAGGGCUUGAAAUUUGCAGAUCCCAAUAUCUAUGCAGGAGACCAGUUUUUAAAUCUGGAUACUGGACUUACCAUUACCAGUUUUCGUAUUGCUAUAAUAUCCGAAUGGAGGAUAGUGCUGAAAAUGUCAACUUUCAAGCCCUUGUCAUAUGAACAUGGAGUAUACCAGUUUUGGUGACUUGGGAUGAACCUACAGUUAUCCCGAAUAUUUUGCGAAAUGUUGGCUUGGCACUUUGUAUGCACUAUUUAUAAAUGUACAUUUAUUCCGUACGAAUUAAAUUUGGAAGUCAUCAAUGUAAUUAAUAUUAGAGUUGAAAUUAUUAGAAACUUCUUUUAGAUGCUGUUGAUUACAUUGUUUUUGGUACUGUCAUUCAAGAAGUGAAAACGAGCAAUAUAGCCAGAGAGGUGGGUGGUAAAGUUCUUGUCACUAAGUUUUUCUUGACAAGUUUACUUGCUUGUCUGUACGAUGAAUUUUUCCUGGACAAACGUCGACAAUUUCAUGAUUCAAAGCUGCUUGCAGAAAAAUUAAUAAACAGCUGAAACUGUUUACGAUACUACAUUUCAAUAGCAAUUUUUAAAAUAUACGCGAGAUUUAAUGACAGUGACGUCGCAGAAUAAAGAUCAAUACAGAAGGGCCCGCGCAUGUUGCAUUACGCAUGUUGGCCGCCAUUUUCCUAGCCAGUCAAUGACAUUUUCUGGCCAAUAAACACGCUGUGCUGGCUGGCUGCUCCACCUUCUGGCCAGUAAACUGCAUAUUUUUGCAUAAAAAAACGAGGACACGUUGCACCGCUGAGUGGCCCUUCUGUUACUGAUCUUCAUUCUGUGGUGACGUUGUUCACAAUUAGCCUUUCUCACGAUGACGAAUAUCCGCCAUUUUUGGGUGGCAUCCAAUUCUCGUUAACCAAUGCAGACAAUUAAAACAAUGUAAAAAGCACUUUUUCAAAAUAAACUAACCAUUCACAAAGCACAUUUACCAUCAUUUGUCAAAAAAAUUAUAAAAAAUCGCUGUUAUGUGGACUUGUCUCGCAGACUUCGGUUGAAAUGCCACCCAACUUUUUCACCUUGUCAACUUUUUCAACACGAACAAUUCUCCUCAUUGAAAAGCUGGCACGAACAGCUUUUCAUGGCAUGAACAGCUUUUCACCAACAGCUGACGUGAAGGCUCUUUUCAAGGAAAAACUGAAUUUUUAUAUUUUUUAGGCUGCUUUAGGCGCUGGCUUUUCUGACAAGAUUCCAGCACAUACUGUUACAAUGGCUUGUAUAUCGUCAAACCAAUCCAUAACUUCAGGUAUUGUGCAUGUGUACUUCAUGGCUGACUGCAUGAGACUGGAGUGAUUACUGAAAAACAUCAAGAACUACUUUCCAAGGGCGUGGACACUCGAAAUUGGCACGCGCGGUUCCACAGUAUUCUUCUUUCGUUUCUAGCAAUGGGUAUAUUGGCAAGUGGUGGAGCAGACGCGGUCAUUGCUGGUGGUGUUGAAACCAUGUCUGAUGUACCAAUCAGAGUGAAUCGUUCCUUAAGAAAGAUAUUACUCUCGCUGAACAAGGCCAAGACCAUGGGCGCACGAUUGGGAUUACUGUCCUCUAUCAGACCAAAACAUUUUGCCCCUGAG